AUGUCAUCGUUACCAACUUCAGAUGGAUUUAACCAUCUAGCCCAUCCUUCAGGACAGAGUCCUGAGAUUGGUAAUCAUACGAGUCUUGCUCACUCUGUCUCUGCUUCAGUCUGCCCUAUAAAGCCCAGUGACCCGGGUAGCCUUGAACCUACAGCUCUCGAGGCUUUGAAGACUUCAGCUGAGCUCCGGAUAACCUCUGAAAAGAGAGAGCAUCUUCUUCCUCUGCAGGAACUUUCUGAUCAUGCUUCUUUAGCAGGCAGUACUCCAGCAGACCAGAGUCCAGCUAUGCCUUUGCAGAAUUCAUCAGAGGAAGCAGUUGUUGCUGAUAAUCUAAAGAAAUCUGCUGAAAAAAGCACCCAGGGCUUCAAAUUUCAUCUCCAUACAAGACAGGAAACUAGUUUAUCGGUCACCGCCACUAGGAUACGUGAACCACAAAUGUUUUUCAGUGAAAAGGAUUGGCAUCCAGAUUACCAGAAUCUGAGUCAAGUAAAUGGCCUUCAGCAGCAUGAAGAACCAGGGAAUGAACAGCAUGAGGUGGUACAACAGGGUGCGCCACAUGACCGAGAACAUACUUAUAACACAGGGGACCUUGAGCUUCUUGGAGAAAGGCGCCAGAUCCAACAAAACUGUGUCGAUUCAGAAGCUGAGAGCAAAGGGAACAGGCUACAGCAGAAUGUAGACCUUCGAGGUACAGAUGAAAAUAUUCUACCUUCAGAAUACUCUGGCUGCUCAAAUUCAGAAACACUAAUGGAAGUAGAUAUUCUUGAACAGCCCCUGGUUUCUAUGUUUAAUUCAGCAGGCAGUCAGAAUGCGAGUGUCAAGAACGUCGGUGCAUCUGAUCUCACCUUAGAUAAUCCCUUAAUGGAAGUAGAAACAUCAAAAUAUCACCCUUCAUCUGAAAUUUCAACUAACUCCAUUUCCACUCAGGAUUUACACCUCCCAGAAAGUAAUGUCAAAAUAUCUGGAACAAAUAAAGAAUAUGGCAGUUGCUCCCCCUCUUUAAGUCUUUGUGGCAGUUGUCAGCCUUCUGUGGAGUCAACAGAGGAGUCAUACACAUCCAUAACGACAGCUUUGAAGGAACUUCAUGAACUUCUGGUCAUUAGUAGUAACCCAGCUUCAGAAAAUACAUCUGAAGACGUUUUCUGUCAAUCAGACACAGGAGGUGAGGCCCAAACAGAUACUAAAGACCUUUCUGAAAGAUGGACCCAAAAUGAAUCUCUUACAGCCACCAAGGAUGAACAGCGUCCACAAGAAUCCUUUCAUCAGACUGUACUUUUAUCAGUGACGACAGAAAAAUGUAUGGACACUUCACCUGGUGCUGAAAUAGAGGAUGUAGAAAAUAAUAACCUCAGGGGUCCUGGUGAUGGCAUGCCAACUGAUAAAGAAGAUGUCCCCAAAUCCAGGGAAUUAGUAAAUGAGACCAAUUCUAUCCCUCUAGCCUUAGCUAAAACAUCUGAUCAACUGCACUGUACCCUAGGUGCAGAAAUUUCACCCAAACUAUUAGCAGGUGAGGAGGAUACGCUCACUCAGACUUCUGAGCAGACUAAGUCCUUGCCAUCCAGUUUCAUAGUCGUUAAAGACUUGGGUCAGGACAUACAGAAUCCAGUGACAGACAGGCCUGAAACCAGAGAAAAUGUCUGUCCUGAAGCUGCCAGCCCAUUCCUUGAGUUGGAACCACCUACCAGCCAUCCAUCAAGUCCCUCCUUUCUUCCACCAUUGAUUUUUCCCGCUGCCGACAUUGACCGGAUCCUCCGUGCUGGCUUUACUUUUCAGGAAGCUCUUGGGGCUUUACAUCGAGUUGGUGGAAAUGCAGACCUUGCCCUCCUUGUUUUGCUAGCAAAGAACAUUGUAGUUCCUACAUAA